CACACACACACACACACAAGCACUGAUAUGUGUGUGUGUGUGAUUUUCCCUGCUCCUCUUGGUCAGGCUUCAGUGUGGAUGAAGCGGGUCGGAGUUUGCUGAUGAUUGGGAAUGUAACAGUGAGGGAUUCGGGAUUGUACACGUGUACAGCGGAGAUCAGCGUCGGCUCUGUUCGAGCGUUAGCAUUCCUCCAUAUCACAGAGCCUCCAGUUCUGAAAGUAGAUGGCCAUGUGUCUCAGUUUGUCUCUCAUGGUGCUGUAAUUGUGUUGGAUUGUUCUGUUAGAGGAACUCCAGCUCCGGUGUUGUGCUGGUUUAAAGAUGGCCACCUGCUGCAGGUCACUGAGCGUCUUCAUCUAACAGCUCUCCAACAGCUCUCUCAUUCUGUACAGCGCCAUGAGCAGGGAUUCAGGAGAGUAUCUGUGUGUUGCUGAAAAUGAGAUGGGAGGAUGAUAUCUCUGAAAGUAC